CACACUUACACGCACGCACGCACGCACACACACAGGCACACAGGCGAACCGGAUGAAAACAGCUGAUGCCACGUACGGGAUGAGACACGGUCGAUGAGGGGGGGAAAACGCUGCCCAAAUCAAGGCCCUGAGGAAACUUCUGCAUUUUGCAUCUUUGCUCUUUCCGGUUGAUCCCUCCACCUCUCCGUGCCCUGGGGAUGAACGCACCAAUGAGGAGCCUCACAGGUAUGCCUGAUCGCAUGUUAUGUGCAGUGCUGGAGCAAUUUCAGCUUUACUUUUCCCUUUGAUCCACUCUUUGUAUAGCACGGCAAGCCCAAGCAUGCUUAAGAGGAAACAAAGUUCCAGGGUCGAGACCCAGCCCAUGACCGACUUUGGGCCUGAUGAGACCCUAGCAGACAGCGCAGACAUCUUCUGGAUCAACAAGCCAUGGGUGCACACCCUGCUGAGAGCCUGCGCCAUCAUCAGCGUCAUCUCGGUGUGCAUGAACACACCCAAGACAUUUGAGCACUACCCGCCCCUGCAGUAUGUGACAUUCACGCUCGACACGCUGCUCAUGUUCCUCUACACGGCUGAGAUGAUCGCCAAGAUGCACAUCAGGGGAAUUAUCAAGGGGGAUAACUCGUAUGUGAAAGAUCGCUGGUGCAUGUUUGAUGGAUUCAUGGUGUUUUUCAUCUGGGUGUCCCUGGUGUUGCAGGUGUUUGAGAUAGCGGAGCUUGUGGAUCAGAUGUCUCCAUGGGGGAUGCUGAGAAUCCCCAGAGCGCUCAUUAUGAUACGAGCCUUCAGGAUCUACUUCCGCUUUGAGCUUCCCCGCUCCCGCAUCACGAAUAUUCUUAAGCGCUCUGGGGAGCAAAUCUGGAGUGUGUCUAUCUUCCUGCUGUUUUUUCUCUUGCUUUAUGGAAUUCUGGGUGUGCAGAUGUUUGGAACAUUCAACCAUCACUGUGUUACCAAUGACACACAGAGAGGCAACGUGACAUGGAAUAGCUUGGCCAUCCCAGACACCCACUGCUCCCCCGAUGGUGAGGGCUACCAGUGUCCUCUGGGCUUCAAGUGUAUGGACCUUGAAGAACUGGGCCUCAGCAGGCAGGAACUUGGCUACAGUGGCUUCAAUGAGCUGGGAACAAGUAUCUUUACUGUAUAUGAGGCUGCCUCUCAGGAGGGAUGGGUGUUCCUAAUGUACCGAGCAAUUGAUAGUUUCCCUCGCUGGCGCUCCUACUUCUAUUUUAUCACUCUAAUUUUCUUUCUGGCAUGGCUUGUGAAGAACGUGUUCAUUGCUGUCAUCAUCGAGACCUUUGCUGAAAUCAGGGUUCAAUUUCAGCAAAUGUGGGGGUCCAGGAGUAGCACCACAUCCACAGCAACAACACAGAUGUUUCACGAAGAUGCUGCUGGGGGAUGGCAGCUUGUAGCCGUGGACGUCAACAAACCACAUGGCCGAGCACCUGCCUGCCUCCAGCUACUGAUGCGCUCGUCCGUGUUCCACAUGUUCAUAUUGAGUAUGGUGGCCGUUGACGUGAUUGUUGCUGCGAGCAAUUAUUACAAAGGCGAGAACCACCGCAGGCACUAUGAUGAGUUUUACCUGGCGGAGGUGGCGUUUACUGUUCUGUUUGACCUGGAAGCUCUUCUGAAGAUAUGGUGUCUGGGCUUUACCGGCUACUUUAGCUCCUCCUUGCACAAGUUUGAAUUGUUGCUCGUGGUGGGCACCACCCUGCAUAUCUACCCAGAUCUCUAUCACUCCCAGUUCACCUAUUUUCAGGUCCUUCGAGUGGUACGUUUGAUAAAGAUCUCCCCAGCAUUGGAAGACUUUGUCUACAAGAUAUUUGGACCGGGUAAAAAAUUAGGCAGCUUGGUGGUUUUCACAGCCAGCCUCCUCAUUGUGAUGUCAGCGAUCAGUCUGCAGAUGUUCUGCUUUGUGGAAGACCUGGACCGCUUCACAACCUUCCCCAGGGCAUUCAUGUCCAUGUUCCAGAUCUUGACACAGGAGGGCUGGGUAGAUGUCAUGGACCAGACACUGGUUGCAGUAGGUCACAUGUGGGCUCCCGUUGUGGCCAUUUACUUCAUCCUCUACCAUCUGUUUGCUACCCUGAUUCUGCUCAGUCUUUUUGUGGCAGUUAUAUUGGACAAUCUUGAGCUGGAUGAAGACUUGAAAAAGCUCAAACAGCUCAAGCAAAGUGAAGCAAACGCCGACACCAAAGAGAAGCUGCCUCUCCGACUCAGGAUCUUUGAAAAGUUCCCCAACAGACCUCAGAUGGUGAAAAUCUCCAAGUUGCCGUCGGACUUUACCGUGCCCAGAAUCAGGGAGAGCUUCAUGAAGCAAUUCAUCGACAGGCAGCAGCAGGACCCCAGCUGUUUCUUCCGAAGGCUCCCCUCGGCCUCGUCGUCCUCCUGUGACCACUCCAAACGAUCGGCCAUUGAAGACAACAAGUACAUCGACCAAAAGCUUCGCAGGUCAAUAUUUAGCAUCCAGGCUCGGAACCUACUGGAAAAAGAAACCACGAUCAAUAAAAUACUACGGGCAUGCACAAGACAGCGGAUGCUCAGCGGGUCAUUGGAAGGACAGCCGGCCAAGGAACGUUCUAUCCUUAGUGUGCAACAUCACAUACGGCAAGAGCGCAGGUCUUUGCGACACGGCUCCACGAGUCAGAGGAUCAGCCGAGGGAAAUCGCUGGAGACCCUCACCCAGGACCAUUCAAGCACUGUGCGCUACCGCAAUGCCCAGCGAGAGGACAGUGAGAUCAAGAUGAUCCAAGAAAAGAAAGAACAAGCAGAGAUGAAGCGAAAAGUCCAGGAGGAGGAGCUUAGGGAGAACCACCCGUACUUUGAUAAGCCUCUCUUCAUUGUAGGCCGGGAACACCGCUUCAGGAACUUCUGCCGAGUGAUCGUUCGAGCUCGCUUCAACGCAUCCAAAACGGACCCCAUCACAGGAGUGGUGAAGAACACAAAGUACCACCAACUGUAUGACCUAUUGGGCCUUGUCACCUAUUUGGACUGGGUGAUGAUCAUUGUGACCAUCUGCUCAUGCAUCUCAAUGAUGUUUGAGUCACCCUUCACCAGAGUCAUGCAAGUGCCCACCCUGCAGAUUGGCGAGUACGUUUUUGUCAUCUUCAUGAGCAUCGAGCUGAACCUGAAGAUCAUGGCAGACGGUCUGUUCUUCACACCCACAGCGGUCAUCAGGGAUUUUGGAGGUGUGAUGGACAUCUUCAUCUACCUUGUGAGUCUCAUUUUUCUGUGCUGGCUGCCACAUGAUGUCCCUCCCGAGUCUGGCGCUCAGCUUCUGAUGAUGCUGCGCUGCCUGCGACCACUCAGGAUCUUUAAACUGGUGCCUCAGAUGAGGAAGGUGGUGCGGGAAGUCCUCAAAGGCUUCAAGGAGAUUUUCCUGGUUUCUAUUCUACUCCUCACGCUAAUGCUGGUGUUCGCCAGCUUCGGUGUUCAACUGUUUGCUGGAAAACUGGCCAAAUGCAACGACCCCCAUGUUCUCAAACAGGACGAGUGUCAUGGUAUAUUCAGGAUUAAUGUCAGCGUUUCCAAAAACCUCAACCUGAAACUGAAACCUGGAGAAAAGAAGCCAGGAUUCUGGGUUCCGAGAGUCUGGGCCAAUCCCCGCAACUUUAAUUUUGACAAUGUCGGAAAUGCAAUGUUGGCGCUGUUUGAGGUGCUGUCGCUGAAAGGAUGGGUGGAAGUCAGAGAUGUCAUCAUUCACCGUGUUGGACCGAUCCACGGCAUCUACAUCCACGUCUUUGUGUUCCUGGGGUGCAUGAUUGGACUCACUCUGUUUGUUGGCGUUGUCAUUGCCAACUUCAACGAGAACAAAGGCACUGCUUUGCUGACUGUGGAUCAAAGGCGAUGGGAGGAUUUGAAAAGUCGCCUCAAAAUAGCCCAGCCUCUCCACCUACCUCCUCGCCCAGAGAAUGGGGGUUUCCGGGCCAAGAUGUAUGACAUCACACAACAUCCUUUCUUCAAACGUGGCAUUGCUGUGCUGGUGUUAGCUCAGUCAGUGCUGCUCUCAGUCAAGUGGGAUGUAGACGACCAAGUAACAUUUCCUCUCGCCACCAUGUCGGUGGUCUUCACUUUUAUAUUUGUACUGGAGGUAACCAUGAAGCUGAUAGCCAUGUCUCCAGCCGGUUACUGGCAGAGUCGACGGAAUCGUUACGACCUGCUGGUGACUUCGUUGGGCGUCAUUUGGAUUGUGCUUCACUUUGCCCUCCUGAAUGCAUAUACCUACAUGAUGGGCACUUGUGUGAUUGUCUUCAGAUUCUUUACAAUAUGUGGGAAGCACGUGACACUGAAGAUGCUGUUGUUGACGGUGGUUGUCAGCAUGUACAAGAGCUUCUUCAUCAUCGUGGGGAUGUUCCUCCUUCUCCUCUGCUAUGCCUUUGCUGGCGUUGUUCUCUUCGGCACUGUUAAGUAUGGAGAGAACAUCAACCGACACGCCAACUUCUCCACGGCAGGCCAAGCGAUCACCGUUCUCUUUCGCAUUGUCACCGGGGAAGACUGGAAUAAAAUCAUGCACGACUGCAUGGUGCAGGCUCCAUUCUGCACUCCGGAUAAGCACCGCUAUUGGGAGACUGACUGCGGCAACUAUGCCGGCGCCCUCAUCUACUUCUGCUCCUUCUAUGUCAUCAUAGCCUACAUCAUGCUCAACCUUCUUGUUGCUAUCAUUGUGGAGAACUUCUCUCUGUUCUACUCUACUGAGGAGGACCAGCUGCUGAGCUACAAUGACCUGAGACACUUUCAGAUCAUCUGGAACAUGGUCGACGACAAGCGGGAGGGCGUGAUCUCAACAUCCAGGGUGAAGUUCCUGCUGCGUCUGCUUAGGGGCAGAUUGGAGGUGGACCUGGACAAAGACAAGUUGCUCUUCAAGCACAUGUGCUACGAGAUGGAGCGACUACACAGUGGAGGAGACGUCACCUUCCACGAUGUGCUUAGCAUGCUGUCCUACCGCUCUGUGGACAUUCGCAAGUCUCUCCAGCUGGAGGAGCUGUUGGCCAGGGAACAGCUGGAGUACACCAUUGAAGAGGAGGUCGCCAAGCAGACCAUCCGCAUGUGGCUCAAGAAGUGCCUCAAACGCAUCCGUGCGAAGCAGCAGCAGUCAUGUAGCAUCAUCCACAGCUUGAGAGAGAGCCAGCAGCAGGAGCUGAGUCGUUUCCUCAACCCCCCGAGCAUCGAGACCACGGUGCCGAGCGAAGACCACAACGCCAACAAUCCAGACAACCCCUCGCAGCCUGAGAUGAGUGGCCUCCAGCAGCUGCUCAGUCCCACGUUGUCCGACAGAGGAGGCUACAGGCAGGACUCCUCCGAUCUGGGCAAGCCACAGAGGAAGCUGGGACAGUGGCGGCUGCCUGCAGGUCGCACCAGUGUCAAGUCCAUUGUAUGUAAGAUGAACCCUGUCAACGACGAGGCCUCAUCGGGGUCAGAGGUGAAGAAGUGGUGGACCCGUCAGCUAACAGUGGAGAGCGAUGAGAGCGGCGACGACCUCAUUGACAUUUAGGUGCAUCCCGACGCUCUGUGUAUUAUUUUUUUAUGUUAUUAUUUUUUAUCGGUCGACCCCUCACUGGAUCAAUGGAGAUAAUAUUUUGAAUCUUGAGAGUAUUUUGGUCAAACGGUGGCGUCAAGCUGAUGCCUCUGGGAAACGUAUUUCCUGUCCUUUGCGAGUGUUCCUUUGUAGGCACAUCUGGCAAGUGUGAGCGGCGAGGACAUGCCGGAUCAAUGAAGGGAAAGCUGCUCUUGUUUGUGUAUUCAGCUGCAAGGUUCUUUUCAUGUCCCUUCUACUUUAUUUAUCACAUGCAUAUGGAUUUUCUUAUGGUCUCUACACUUCUGAGCAUUUUUGUUCAAGUACGAGCAAGUGUGUCACACUGAACAUCAUUGUCAUGUCUCAGUGUAUUUCCAUAGUAGCUAUUGAUUGUUCACAGAGGUCGACUCCAUGCGACACGCGUGCAGCAGUUUCCAGCAACAGUGCGUAUACCUCCAAAUCCUUUUGUGAUUCCUUUUCUUCACUUUUGAUGCGUUCUUUUAUGCGAUUUGAUUUGGAUUAGAAUGUGCAUUGCUCCCACUGCAUUAGUGUGUAUGCAAAUAUAAACUAUAUUAUGAGGAUUCUGAGAUUUACUCCCUUUUUUUUAAACACACUGCUGUUAUUCAGAAGUGUUUACUGAAGAAACGAAUAGAUUUUUGAAUGUAAUAAAAUCUCUGUACAAAUCUAUCUUCUUAUUAAACGCUUUCUCUGCAUAAACAUGAAUGAGAAGAA